UGGCCUGAUUACAGCGCGCAGUGGUGCAGGGAGAUAGAGGCUGAUAGAUCCAAGUUACGAGUAAUAAAAAGAAGCGCAAGCGGCGCAAAUUGUCGCUGCGCGUUCAGCUGACAGCGCGAUUGCACAGAGAGCACAGCGUCAUAGCACUGCUGUGCAUCAACUUGGUGACACACGCAGAGAUGUGCAAACACCCGGAGGAGCCGGCUGGUGACGCGCACAAAGCCGCCGAUGCAGCGGAAGCAGCGGAAGCAGCGCCCUACGACGCCGCGAGCCUCUGGUCGCGGUUGACGUACCGCUACGCGCUGCCGCUGUUUAGGAUAGGCGUGCAGCGACCGCUGCAGAUCGACGACCUACCAACAAUCGCAACCAGAGACGAGCUGCCCGACGUCACGCGGCGAAUCGUGGACGCGUGGGAGGCCGAGCGCACAAAACCAAAGCCGUCGCUGCCCUGGGCCCUCGCCAGAUGCAUGCGUAAAGAUCUGAUCCUGAGCGGCAUGUUGUUCCUGCUCGACUUUGGCGCUUUGGUGGCGCAGGCGGCGUUAUUGCGCCCUUUCGUCAACUGGCUCGCCAGAUCCACGGGCAACGCGGGCGGCGGCUUCUGGCGGGCAGCACUAGUAGUGAUAGCGGGCCUGACCAACUUAUUUGCCCACCACGCGGCGUUCUUCAUGGUCAUGCGCAUCGGCUGGAACUUGAGGUUGGGCAUGACGGUGGCCCUCCAGAAGAAGUUAUUAAGAACAAGGGCCGCGGAAGUCUCGCGCGUCAGCACGGGCUUCAUCGUCUCCUUAGUGACGAACGACUGCCAGCGCUUCGAUAACCUGUUGCCCUUUUUACACGCUCCUUGGGUUUCUGGGAUAUUAAUCGUCGUGGCCUACUUCCUCAUCUCGAACAUUGUCGGAUACGCUGCAAGUGCCGCUGGCUUAUCAGUACUACUUGUAAGUGUGGCCAUCCAGGCUCGACUGGGUUUCGUGUUCAAGAAACUGCGAGCCAAGACGGCCAAGGCCACCGACGGCCGUGUUAGACUUAUCUCGGAAUUACUAAAUGGCAUUCUGUCCGUCAAAGCCUUCGCCUGGGAGGAGCCUUGUUUGGAAGCCGUCGCCGCCGCACGAUCGAAAGAAGCGUCGACCGUGUUGAGGGCGCAGUGGUGCCGCUCCUUGACGGCCGCUCUCUACUUCUCGACGACGGCCAUGUCUGUCUUCGCUACUUAUGCCGUGUACUUCCGCACGCAGCGAGGUCACAAACUAAGUGUAGGAGACGUCACCUCAUUGGUAGCUUUGUUAAAUGCGUUACGGCAGAUCGUGUCCUUCGGGUGUGCUUACUUUGCGAUGGCCGGUCCGGAAUGCUUGGUGGCUGUUCGGAGGAUGCAGCGCUUUUUGGAACUCGACGAGUGCGCGCGCGUGCCGGUGCCGGUCGACGAGCAUCUACUGCGGGCAGACGGUGCCACGGUCGCGUGGCCGCGCGCGUCGCAUCCGGCGGUUCUCGACGCGUGCUGCGCCGUCAAGCCCGGCCAAGUUAUCGUCGUGGCGGGCCCGGUCGGGUGCGGCAAGUCGUCGUUGUUGCAAGCGUCGCUGGGCGAGCUCGACGUCACUGCUGGCAAACUGGAGUCGAGCCGCGGCGUCGUCUACGCGCCGCAGUCAUGAACUGUGUGGAAAUCAAAUUUCCGGCGCCCCACGCCAUCGACGCGGCGUCGUUAACUCACUCACAGGUCGGCCUGGAUCUUCUCCGGAACGCUAUUGGAGAACGUGACGCUUGGAGCGCAGAAGAUAGAUAGGCAAGCGUUCGACCGCGCCGUCGAGGCUUGUGCUUUGAGGGUUGACAUCGAUAGUUUAGAACACGGCGAACAAACGCUGCUAGGCGAGCGCGGCGUCAAUCUGUCAGGAGGCCAGAAGGCUCGGGUUGGCUUAGCUCGAUGCGUCUACGCUUCAGAAGUAUCGUUAGCAGCACCAUUAGCUUUACUCGACGAUCCCCUCGCGGCCGUCGACCCAAGUGUAGGGAAACACUUAUUGGACGCGUGUGUUUUCGGUGCUCUGAAGAAGUGUGGCGUCGUCUUAGCUACGCAUUCAAGACAAGUGUUACAGCGGGCCGAUGCUGUGUUGGUCUUAGAUGCUACUGGCACUGCGCUAGGCUUCUCGAAGUGGCACGAUUUACCAGAGCAGGCCCUGGCGUUGGUGCGCGUCGACGACGAGGACGAAAUAGAUGAGGUCGUAGACGCGAAGGACGUCAUCGUUACCACCACGAAGAGUAAGGAGGACGCACCGACACAGAAGGAGGAGACGCGGGAGGUCGGGGACGUUUCGAUGAAAACGUGGGCGGGCUACGCUCGGAGAGCGGGACCGUACACCCUCAUCAUCCUUGUGCUAUUGUUCGUCGUAGGCCAGGGCUUACUGGUCUACGGCGACUUCUUUUUGCUGAACUGGGCGUCGAAGAAGCCGCGCCAACAGAGAAAGACGAAGUACCUCAAAGCUUAUGCGGUGAUAGCGGCCUGCCUCUUGGUCGUAGCGGUCACACGAGCCUCGUCCUUUUUUUGUUGGACCAUCAAGGCCGCAAAUGUCCUGCACAACGACGCUGUAAGUAGGGUCCUACGAGCGCCAUUGUGGUGGCACCACGCGACGCCGCGCGGCCAGGUGUUGAAUCGACUGUCCCAGGACGUGGGCAACGUGGACGAGUUAUUGGCGCAGGCUUUGUUUGACAUGACCCAGUUAGGCAUUAUGAUGUUAUCUGUGGUAGUAACAGCUUGCGUCGCGUUGCCGUGGAUGUGACUACCUGCGUGGAAAUCAAAUGUCAGGCGCCCCACCGCGACGCUGUCCCUGUGAUCGCGUCGGUAACCUAACUCACUGGUUGAUUUCCGCACAGGUGCCUCGUCCUCCCGCUUCUGUUGUAUGUUUUCCUGAGACAUAAACGAUUUGUGGGAGCCUCAAUGACGGAACUGAAAAGGCUGGAGGCCAUCACGAAGUCGCCCGCAGUUGGGAUCUUUUCCGAUACCUUACAUGGGUUGACAGCCACAAGAGCGUUCCGCGGCGAAGCGAAGGCGGAAGGGGCUUUACUAGGUGCAUUAGAUAAAAAUGCGAGGUCCUGGUUCUGGUGGUUAUUAUCUCAAAGAUAUCUAGGGUUCUACCUCGACGCUAUUUGUGUUACCUUUCUGGCAUGCUUGUUAGUUGCGACCAUACUGCUGAGGAAUCAUCAUCAACCACAAAUCCUCGCGUUAGCUCUAUUGUAUGCGGUGCAAUUAGCGGGCACGUUCCAGUGGACGGUCCGGCAGCACGCUUUAGCUGAGUCCUUCAUGGCGUCUGUUGCUGUGUGGAAAUCAAAUCUCAGGCGCCUCACGCGAUCGACGCGACAAUGUCCUUGUGACUGCGUCUGCUCAAUGGUG